UAAAGUUUCAACGUAGUAUUCUCUUUCAGGAAAGUCCCAAGACAUCUUUAUUUUAAUAUUCUCCGCCUAACCUACUUUAUUUGCUGUUUAUUUGUUUCUUUGUAUAAAGCAGGAGACCGGGAUCGUGUGGUCUCAGACCCUCAGUGCCCAUUGCCAAGAAGCAGAGAGAGUUAUUCGCAUCUUCGAAAUCUCGGUCGUUUGGGUAACUCUCAUAAGGGCAGAGAAGGAAAGAGAGGGAAAUCUACCAUGGCCGAAGAGACUGUGACAGGUUCCACUGAUUUGUCGUUAAAAAGGCCGAGGGAGGAAGAGGAAAACGGAGCUUCUGCCACCGCCGCCACCGGAGAAGCCAUGGAAACCGAGAACGAUAAUGGAACCCCUGGUAUCUCCUCCGUUAUUCCCGGUUGGUUCUCCGAGAUUAGCCCAAUGUGGCCAGGAGAGGCACAUUCUUUGAAGGUGGAGAAGAUCUUGUUCCAAGGGAAGUCUGACUACCAGGAUGUUAUGGUGUUUCAGUCUGCAACGUACGGGAAGGUUCUGGUUUUGGAUGGAGUGAUUCAGCUCACAGAGAGAGAUGAGUGUGCAUAUCAAGAAAUGAUAACUCACCUUCCACUGUCCUCAAUCCCCAACCCUAAGAAGGUUUUGGUUAUCGGUGGAGGAGAUGGUGGAGUCUUGAGAGAAGUGGGUCGGCACUCUUCCGUCGAGCAAAUAGAUAUAUGUGAAAUAGAUAAGAUGGUUGUCGAUGUUUCUAAACAGUUCUUUCCUGAAGUAGCCAUUGGAUAUGAGGAUCCCCGUGUUACUCUCCAUAUUGGUGAUGGAGUUGCAUUUCUGAAGGCUGUUCCUAAAGGGACCUAUGAUGCAGUCAUAGUAGAUUCUUCUGACCCUAUAGGCCCUGCACAAGAGCUUUUUGAGAAGCCGUUCUUCCAGUCUGUAGCGAAUGCUCUUCGUCCAGGGGGAGUUGUUUGUACUCAGGCGGAAAGCAUAUGGCUUCAUAUGCACAUCAUUGAAGAUAUUGUGGCAAACUGCCGCCAAAUCUUCAAAGGCUCCGUCAACUAUGCAUGGACCACCGUCCCUACUUAUCCAAGGUAUAUUACGAUUAAUUUAAGGAUCAUAGUCAGCUCCGUUCCUUUUUUCCUUUGUUGUUCUGCUGUCGUUUUGUUGCAUUUCAAGCAGCAUCCUGAUGUUAUUGGUCUCUCAUUCGCUCGCAGUGGCGUGAUUGGCUUCAUGCUUUGCUCUACCGAGGGACCCUCUGUCGAUUUCAAGAAUCCAGUGAGUUCAAUAGACACCAACACUGACUAUAACAAAGCAAGAGGGCCAUUGAAGUUUUACAACCCUGAGAUUCAUACUGCUGCUUUCUGUCUGCCAGCCUUUGCGAAGAAGGUGAUUGACGCAAAGGCAAAAUGAAUAUGAGUUCUUAAAUACCAAGCCGGUGAGCUUGUCAUCGCUUUGAUCGAUACUUAAUAGAGAGAAUAGUUUGGACUUUCAUCCUUGGGUGAAACUUAGGAUGGGCAUCUGUUUACGAGCCAUGGGAAUAAUUAGAGUUUUUCUUGACAUCUUUAUGUUUGAAUUUAUGGUUUUAAUCUUGAAGGAGUUUUGACUUAUGUACUGUACAACGUGUAUGCAGAAUUCUAGCAGUCAAUAGUGAACUCCCUAGUUGUUAUCAUACAUACAGUUCUUUUAUUUUCCCUUUUUGGUGCUCUGCUCUGUUAAGACGCGCAAACCAUGCCUUGCACCGUAAGGCAAGGGGCUUCUGUUCCUUGGGGGUUGGUUGAACACAUUGCUUCGAAAUAAUAAUAUUAUUACAGGUUCGAACUCUACGGCCAGAUUGUCCUCCAAACAGGUUUUUUUUUUUUUUUUUUUUG